AUGAUGACCGGCGGGACGGACGGCUGGAUGACCAAACGUGCGGGCAGACGCGGUCUGUGGACGGCCGCCGUUCUCGCAGCCGGACCCGGCGCCCUCGCACUGGUCGCACCGCCUCUGACGCCUGGCACGAUCGAGUCCGCCCCCGUCACCGUCAUCACGACCACCCCACUGGCGCCGGUUGUUCCGCUCACCCCGGAGGAGUCUCGGCCCAGGUGGUCCCCACCAUCGUCACCAUCACCGCGCCGGCCGGAUUCACUCACCACCGCCGGAACCGAUCGUGUCUCCGACGGAGUUAGUGCUCACGAAUCACCACGUCAUCAGCGGAGCCCGGACGUCACUGCCGUCAGCAUGUCCAACGGACUGAUCUACGACGCCGAGAUCCUGGCAGAAGCCACUCGUAAGGAUGCCGUCACCGCAAUCGGAAAUGCGGAAGGCGGCGGAGUACCCGUCCCAGCUCCCGGCGUCAUCACCAAUCUCGGUGUCACCGUCAACACCCGCAACGUGUCCGACGGAUCGCGAAACCAGCUGAAGGGCCUCAUCGAGGUCGGACGCGACAUCCGGCCUGGAAGCGGAUUCCGGUGGCCCUGGUCAACGCCGUUGGCGAGCUGGAUCGGCGUCAGCAGCGCGGGCAACGCCGUCACCGACCGCAGCGAAACCUCGCCGGCGCCUCAGUCCUGCUCCAUACCGAUCGACACCGCACUACCGGGAUCGUCGAGCAGGCAAUCUAGGACGGCCGCUCCUCCGAGACCGUGCGUGUGGGACCGACACCCGUACUCGGUGUCGCGCCUGAUCGCGUCGUCCGCUGAUCUCAACGCGGCGAUGAGCUUCCGCGCUGCCCCCGGCGACACCUGCGUCGCGGUGACGUGGGUGGACGCAAAAUGCCGGGCAACUCUAAUCGGUUCGCUGGUCCUCGACGAGGGCCACCUCGGC